AUGGUGAAAAGGGAAGAAACGAUUUUGGUUAUUCCGACGAUGGCCCGAACUCCGCUCAAAUCGUCGUUUUCGAUCAGUUCCAUCCUACCUGAGACGGCUCUGGAAGCGCCCAAGAGCCCGGAAAACCACCCGGAAACGGAACUGAGCGACUCGGACUGUGACUUGGACGUUACCGGAACGCCACCGCCGCUCGACUGCUCGAAGAACUCCCCGGAAAAGGAGUCCGAAGAGAAGAAAAGCAAAGAGAAACCUCCGUACAGUUACAACGCACUUAUCAUGAUGGCGAUCCGGAAUAGUCCGGAGAAAAGACUCACUCUUAACGGCAUCUACGAGUACAUAAUGCGCAACUUUCCGUACUACCGUGAAAACAAGCAAGGUUGGCAAAACUCCAUCCGGCACAACUUAAGUCUGAACAAAUGCUUCGUCAAAGUCCCGCGACAUUACGACGACCCCGGAAAGGGCAAUUACUGGAUGCUUGACCCUUCCGCCGAAGACGUGUUUAUCGGCGGCACCACCGGAAAGCUCCGGAGGCGGUCGACCGCCGCCUCCAGGUCCCGGCUCGCCGCCUUCAAGCGUACCAUCGCCUUGGGCGCGUUCUACCAGCCCCUGCAGCCAUUCCCGCCCCCGUAUCCCUUUUACCCCGGAACUUCGGCAAUGUUGGCGGCCUACCAACGGUACAACCCCUACCUGCAAGCCGCCUCCAUGCUCCCGAAGCCCACGCCACUCGUGCCCCAGCAAGGCUUCAACAUGGAGCGGCUGCUAGCCCCCUCGACGGAGGUCUCAGCGCCGUUUUUCCGACAACCGCUCGAUUUGUACAAUUUCCGGGUGCCCCAGCACCAAGUGCUGCAAUCGCCGUCGAGCACGUCCAGUUCACCGGAGCCCCGCAGUCCCGAAAGUCUGUUUAAACCAGUGACGGUGAUCUCGAGGCAGAGUUGA